CACACGCUUUCCUUCAUGUUGGCGCAUGCGUGAUUGAUGUGAGUGGCGGAGGAUGAAAGUGAUGGAGAAGAGGAUGGAUCUAGUCAGAGUUCGAUUGCCAAGGGGUAGAGAUGCUUAACGCAAGCUGUUCGGCCAUUCGUUGCAACACAUAAACACCAGAAGCAGAUUAUGUGAUCAUGUUAAAGACUUCUGUAGCAUGAACACCAGUUCUAUCUGGUCAAUAUGCCCUCUAUUUGGAGAAGAGUUGCGGUUCUCUUGGUGGUCGUAAUUGCCGUACUACAGGUGAUUCAUAUGACUCUUUUGAGCCGACUGGAAGCUCGUAAAAACACUCGUCAGAAAAAGGAUUCCAGAAAUCACGGAUGGGAUGCGGUCGAGCAGGAUUAUCGAGAGGCCGAAAUUCAAGAAGACAGAAUGCACAUGUUGGAAACUAUUCAGCAGAGCAGUGUUUUAGAUUCCAGUGGAGAAUUCCGUAUUGUAAAUUUUGUAAUACGUGCCGAUUUAUUAAGCACAAAAAAUCAAGUCCAUCAGGAUGUCAGCCUUGUUUCACAAUCAUCUAUAAAUCAUUUACAUUACAUUCAUCCAUUAUCGCUGCGGUGGCAUGGUCCAAUUUCAAUUGCAGUGUUUAGUCUAGCAAAGGACAUACCCAUUGCAGUGGAGGGCAUCCUUCAUUUGAGACGUUGUUUUCCUGCCAUCAGGCAUAAUACUAGCUUCCAUCUUGUAUAUCCUCUUAACAGCCCCUCUGAUAUAAUGUCACCGUCUUCAUUGUCAUCUUCGUCGUCGUCGUCUCAAUUACUGAUACUAGAUUCUUGUGAGAGUUUGCUGGAAAAGCUGAAAUCUUAUGGUGCUGGAGAAAAUUAUGCUUUUGGUAUUCCUUAUCCGAACAAUCUGUUACGUAACGUCGCUAGAAGAAACGCCAUGACAGAAUUUGUAUUUGUGAUUGACAUUGACAUGGUUCCUAGUAAUCAUCUACAUAAAAAUUUUCUUUAUUUUGCAAACGAAAACCAUCUGUUCUUAGAAUCCCAUAAAGAUGACAAAACUGUUUAUGUUGUUCCGGCAUUUGAAGUGAAGGAAGAUUCAGAAAUUCCACAAGACAAAACAAAUCUUCUACAGCUUCUGGAGUUAAUGGAAGCUAGACCAUUUUAUUUUGAAUUGUGUUGGAAAUGUCAAAAACACACCGACUAUGAAGCGUGGCAGCGCGAACCACCUUCAGAUAAAUUAGCAGUACUGUUCGAAGUUCUGUGGAGAGAUCCCUGGGAACCAUUCUACAUCGGAAGAAAUUCUGCUCCAUUUUACGAUGAAAGAUUUCGUCAGUAUGGAUUUAAUAGAAUUAGUCAGGUAUGUGAACUGCAUGUAGCUGGAUAUAAAUUCUCCGUACUGAAUAACGCCUUUCUAGUCCAUCAAGGAUUGAAGACAUCCACCUCUUUCCACAAGAACAAGGAAUCUGAUCAGGAAAAGAAUCGAAUACUGUUCAGACAAUUCAAAACGGAACUAAAAGAAAAAUACCCAGACUCCUCUCGAAAGUGCUAUUGACGUGUUACGAAAGAUUCUUACAAUUCUUAAAGGUGGGAAGAAGAAAAAAAGAAAAACAUAUUUAUCUUUGGAUUUUGAUCCCAGAGAUAACAUUUCACAAUUGCAAUUUAAAGAAAAGAAGUAGAAUUCCUUUUACUUUUUGAGAAACAUCAAUGAAAAUAAAUGUUCCAGAACAUAAUUCAAAUUCCUUUCCUAUCAAUGAUUCCAGAUGUUCUUGUCUACUUUCCCUUUCUUUCACUAACAGUUUUCUUCUAAAAAGAAAUAUCAUAGGUAACUUAUUAUUAUUUCCUUCAUAAGAGUUGCCAGUUUGAUUUAAAAGCAUCAUUAUUAAAAGAAAGCUAUUAAUCAUUUUGUCAUUUUAUCUCUUAUGAUUUUUUUUCUUUCUUUCUUUCUUUCUUUCCAAUCUCCAUUUUUCUCUAACUGCUUCACUGACAAAUAUUUUCAAAUCAAGAUAAAAUUGCCAGAUUAAAGACUAUAGAAGUAGAAGAAGAAGAAAAAAAAAUUUUCCUCGCUCUUUAAUCCAUAUUUUUAACGCUAACUCGCUGUUGAAGCUUUGAUACAGUCGAGUUUCGAUUGAUGAAAUGGAUCUAAACAAAUAUUAUUCAUUGCAAUGUAGUAUUUGACUUUGAAGAAACCUAUUUGGGAUUAAUUAGAGGAUCUAUAAAGAAGAUUCUUAAAGUGUCACCGAUAAUGCUGUACUAACUGCUAACUUUUCUUACAACGACUUAGAGAUUUAUAAAAGGCUUUUCUCGGCUACCGACUAAUUGAAUUUCGAAAAGUUGAAGUUGUUCAACAUUCUUUGCCAGAAAACUAUUUACUCCAUGACAACGAUUCAAUAGCGCCGAUGAGAAAACAUUUUCCCAGUAAAGCAAAUGAAUGUUCUUCUUAAAAAUCCUCAUUUCUUUUUUAAGUUUUAUACUUGGAAAAUCUAUUGUAUAAAUAUACUUAAAAUACCUGUAUACAUUGUUAAUUUAAACAAUUGUAUUGUUAGUAUACAAAUAAUUAUUAUAGGUUUAGUAUAAUCCACAAAAUGUACAAAGCUUGCAUGCAUUCUAUCAAGUAAUCUCAUGCUUACUCCUAACAAUACAUAUAAUAUACUUUAAGUAUUUCCGUGUUUGUAAUCAAUAAUAGUGAUUUUGAAACGUCUGUAACCGCAGAGAAUCGGAAAAACAAGUAAAUAAGUGAAAAUUUUGUUUAUAAUAAAACAAGAAAAUACUAAUUUAAUGAGUAAAUGAUGUCGACUCAAUGCCUGAAUUUAAUGUUGUAUGAAAGAUAAGGGUAAUUGAGCUGCAAUUUGAAAUAAAUUAUAUACCUCUAAAAUUCCCACUGUUAAUCUGUCCGUUUGUCUGUUCUUCCUUAAUCUCGAGAACGAUGUUAGAUAGAUAAAAUUCGAGACCAGGUAUGGAAAGAUUAUGGCUAGUAGGCCCCGAAUAAAUUCCGGUAUGGACCGGAAGUCGCGUCAUUUCAAUUCAAAAGCUUCCCCCAGAACGGAGUUGCAUAGCUGACCGGCACGACUCUGUUGUUAUCAGAAAAAAUUUGAUGUACAGGGGC